AUGCCUGCAUCGUUGAGGACGUCUAUUGUCUCCUGUCUCCUGCUCCUGUUACUGGAGUGUUGCUGGGAAGCGGCGUCUGGGCAGCUCUCCUAUUCCGUGUUAGAGGAAGUAAAGCCGGGGACAUCUGUUGGAAAUAUCGCUAAGGAUCUAAACCUCGGCAUUCAGGACUUGGAAUCCCGUAUGUUUCAGAUCGUUAGCGGAUCAAAAAGAAAAUAUUUCGAGGUAAAUGUGAAGACCGGCGUUCUCUUUGUUAACGAGAGGAUAGACAGAGAGGAGCUCUGUGCGAAGGCAACGAAAUGCACUGUCAGUGUAGAAGCCGUAAUAAACAACCCUUUGAAGCUGUAUCGCUUAGAAAUAAAUAUACUAGAUGUUAAUGACAACGACCCGUUAUUCACGGAAAAGUCUCAGGUUGUAGACGUAGCAGAAAAUACCCUGCCUGGAAUGAAAUUCGCCUUGUCGGAGGCUAUCGAUGCAGAUGUAGGCAAGAAUACCGUCAACGCCUUUAAAAUAACACCCAAUGAAUAUUUUUCUCUCGCUACAAUCAAGGGAGGAGAGAGCGUGUCUGCCGAGUUAGUUUUGCAGAAAACGUUGGACCGAGAGAAACAGCCUGUGAUACAUCUCACUGUGACUGCUAUAGACGGGGGGACUCCGCCGAGAACUGGCACCUCACAGGUCAUUAUUCACGUUUUAGACAUAAAUGAUAACCCUCCCGUGUUUAAUAGUCCCUUGUACAAAACUCGUAUAUUUGAAAAUACCCCCGUCGGGGCAACUGUGAUUACGCUAAAUGCAACCGACGCGGACGAGGGGGCAAACGGGGAGAUAGUGUACUCCUUGAGAAGCAAAGGCCAGGAUCGUAUACUCGAGAUUUUUCACAUUGAUUCCAUAACGGGUGCGAUAACGGUGAAAGCUAAUGUAGAUUAUGAGGAAUACGCAGCGUUCGAGAUCCGCGCAGAAGCAAACGAUAAAGCGCAGCCCCCGAUGGCUGCUCACUGUAAAGUGCUGGUGGAAGUAAUCGAUGUAAAUGACAACGCUCCCGGGAUCACGGUGACGUCACUGCUCAACACUGUAAAGGAGGACGCAGGUGUAGGUACGGCUAUCGCGCUCGUGUCUGUUCUAGAUAGAGACAGUGGCAAAAACGGUGAAGUCAAAUGUAGAAUCUUAAAUCAGGUUCCCUUUAAACUAGAGACUAACUACAAAAACUAUUAUUCUUUAGUGGUUGACGGGCAUCUAGACAGAGAAAUUACCUCUAACUACAACGUCACCGUAUCAGCUACCGAUGAAGGGACUCCUCCGCUUUCCAACACGAGUGUUAUCACGAUUCACGUUUCUGAUGUAAAUGACAACUCGCCUCGUUUCUCAGAACCUGUGGUUAAUGUUUAUGUAAAAGAAAACAGUAAAGUUGGGGUAAUUAUUAAAACGUUAUCCGCAACUGAUGCUGACAUUGACCAGAAUGGCCAGGUGAAAUAUUCUUUUUUAGACGGUAGUAGUAACUCAGUGCCAGUGUCCACAAUGGUAAACAUCAACUCAGAGACCGGAGAUAUAGUCAGUCUGCAGUCUUUUAACCACGAGGAGCUAAAAACGUUUCAGUUUAAAGUUCAGGCCACAGACUCUGGUGUUCCUCCGCUCAGCAGCAACGUGACUGUGAACGUUUUCAUCCUGGAUGAGAAUGACAACAGUCCCGCGAUUCUCGCGCCCUAUUCCGAGCACGGAUCCGUUAACAGCGAGAGCAUCCCCUACUCUGCUGAAGCGGGAUACUUUGUGGCAAAGAUCAGGGCUGUAGACGCAGACUCUGGAUACAAUGCGCUGCUCUCUUACCACCUCUCUGAGCCCAAAGGAAACAACCUCUUCCGCAUCGGAACCAGCACCGGGGAAAUCAGGACUAAGAGGAGAAUGAGUGACAAUGACCUGAAGACUCACCCCCUGGUGGUCUUGGUUUCUGAUAACGGAGAACCCUCCCUGUCGGCUACUGUGUCUAUCGAGGUGGUGGUGGUCGAAAGCACAGCUGACAUCCAGACUCAGUUCAGACAUGUGCCCAUAAAGGAGGAGAGCUUCUCCGAUUUAAACCUGUACCUGCUGAUCGCCAUCGCGUCGGUGUCACUGAUCUUUCUGCUCAGCCUCAUCAGUUUAAUAGCGGUCAAGUGCCACAGGUCAGACGGCAGUUUCAGCAGGUACGGCGCCCCAAUGAUCACCACCCACCCUGACGGGAGCUGGUCUUACUCUAAAGCUACUCAGCAGUACGACGUCUGUUUCAGCUCAGACACACUCAAGAGUGACGUAGUGGUUUUCCCCGCACCGUUUCCGUCUGUAGACGCGGAGCUGGUCAGUAUUAACGGAGGAGACACGUUUACCAGGACUCAGACUUUACCUAAUAAAGACAAGGUAAGAGGCAUACCGAAUGAAUACUAUCAAUCCGUGCAUAUUUGUUUAUCAUAUAUGGCUUUAGCUGCUGUAAGUGAACGCAAAAAAAAGUGCAUUCUUGAGGAAAAGUACACUGCAAUUAUGCCUAGAUGUUUUAAAUAG